AUGCCAACGAGCGAAGAUCGUGUGUUGGUGUGUACCCAUGCCACCUUUCGUUUUGCAGUGGAGCGGUUUGGGAUUGAUGCAUUUGAUCAUUGUUUAAUUGCCAUCGAUGAGUUUCAUCAUGUGAGCAGCCAUAACGACAAUAUAUUAGGAUCUUACUUUCGAGGAGAUGCAGAGGCGGUUCUGUCCCCAGAAGAUGAGGCAAGAUUUGAUACCGUGACCUACACCUAUUACGAACAGCUUAAUGGUUAUCAGUAUCUUAAGCGACUCGACAUUGGUUAUUGUUUUUAUUCGGGCUCUUAUGCUGAUCAAAUUUUGCAGGUGAUUGAUACGCAACAAAAAAUGAUUAUUCAUAUUCCCAACGUGAACUCUCGGGAAAGUACAAAAGAUAAAAUUCGAGAAGUUGAGCAUAUUAUUCAUGAACUUGGCACAUGGGUGGGGACCGAUUCUCAAACGGGUUUUCAGCUCGUUCAAACAGCCGAUGGCAGGACGCUUAAAGUUGCUGAUUUGGUUGAUGAUGAUAUGACUAAAAGAGAUCGAGUAUCGGCCGCUUUAAAAGAUCCGUCUCAGAAAAACAAUCGGGAUCAUGUUGAUAUCAUUAUUGCCUUGGGUAUGGCAAAAGAGGGGUUCGAUUGGAUUUGGUGUGAACAUGCGCUCACCAUUGGCUAUCGUUCAAGUUUAACUGAGGUUGUGCAAAUUAUUGGGCGAGCAACACGUGAUGCACCUCAUAAAACACAAGCGCGGUUCACAAACUUGAUUGCAGAACCCGAUGCCACUCAAGAUAAUGUGGCUGAUGCAGUCAAUGAUACCUUAAAAGCAAUUGCAGCUAGCCUAUUGAUGGAACAAGUACUUGCCCCAAAAUUUAAUUUUGUCCCCAAACAUAACACCAGUGUUGCUCUUGAUGAAUUCGAUUAUGGUGAACAAGGUUAUCUGCCAGAUCGUGAAAAUAUCGGCCAUAACGCCAAAACUGGAGAAUAUCAGAUUGAAAUUAAGGGGUUAACCACACCCAAGAGUUCUGAAGGCGUACGUAUUUGUCAAGAGGACAUCAAUGAAGUCAUUGCCACCUACGUGCAGGACAAAACA